GACAAUUAAGGCACAUCCAGUGCUCUCAAUGGCGACUGAGUGUUGGGGCCAGCUCUACUUCUCAGCCAACCAGUCUAAAGGACUUCGAAUUGGGGUGUGGAACUUCCACCAUGGCAACCAUGGAAUUCUCAUGUUGAUGGAACCGGUGCCACCGCCAGCUGUGUCACCUGAACCACCCCUCAGCGAUGAGGAGGCGCUCGCGGCCAAGCGGAAGCUCAUGCGAAUCGUCCGCGCAAGGCCUGAGGUCCUGCGCGCGCUGCAAGUCCGGAAGGCCAGCGAGGACAGGGCCAUCAUGAAGGGCCUUGCGAAGUACAAGAACCACUUCGAGAUUUUCAGGUUGGCGGGCUGCAGCAUCCCAGAAGCCACAGAGGCCGAAGAGCUCUAUGAGUUGGCUUUAGAAGCACCGAUUCAGAGACCCAAAAAGAAGAGCCGCAAGUGGCUCUGGUUUACCUUUGGAGGCGUGGUGCUGCUGCUCUUGCUGAUUCUUGUUGGCUUGAUCGUGAUCCAAGUGACCCAAGCAUCUCAGGGCUUCCAGAUCGGUAGCUGCACCAUCUCGCUCUUCACGAACUCCAGCUGUCAGCAGGAC